CCGUUCCGGCAUGCUGCGAUGGGGCAGCCAGGCGCUCCGGCGCUUCUCCACCGGCCGGGUUUAUUUCAAAAACAAGCUGAAGUUGGCACUCAUUGGACAGAGCGUCUUUGGACAAGAAGUCUACAGUCACCUGCGGAAAGAGGGCCACCGAAUAGUGGGAGUAUUUACAGUUCCAGACAGGGAUGGAAAGGCUGACCCACUGGCCUUGGUUGCAGAAAAAGAUGGGACCCCUGUGUUCAAGUUCCCCAGAUGGAGAGUCAAGGGCAAGACCAUAAAGGAAGUGGCAGAGGCCUACAGAUCUGUUGGAGCCGAGCUCAACGUGCUUCCCUUCUGUUCCCAGUUCAUCCCCAUGGAUGUCAUUGACUGCCCAAAGUACGGCUCCAUCAUAUACCACCCAUCCAUCCUGCCCAGGCACAGAGGGGCCUCUGCUAUCAACUGGACUCUAAUUAUGGGAGAUAAGAAAGCAGGGUUUUCUGUUUUCUGGGCUGAUGACGGUUUAGACACGGGACCCAUCCUUCUUCAGAGGUCGUGUGAUGUCGAACCCAAUGAGACAGUGGAUGCUCUUUAUAAUCGCUUUCUUUUUCCUGAAGGAAUCAAGGCCAUGGUAGAAGCUGUCCAACUCAUAGCUGAUGGAAAAGCGCCUCGCAUUCCCCAGUCAGAAGAUGGGGCAACAUAUGAAGGCAUCCAGAAAAAGGAAAAUGCUGAGAUUUCUUGGGAUCAGUCAGCUGAAGCUUUACACAACUGGAUCCGAGGCCAUGAUAAAGUCCCUGGAGCUUGGACAGAGAUAAAUGGACAGAUGGUCACUUUCUACGGCUCAUCCUUACUGAAUAGCUCUGUGCCACCUGGAGAACCACUGGAAAUGAAAGGUGCCAAGAAGCCUGGUCUUGUUACCAAAAAUGGACUUGUUCUUUUUGGUAACGAUGGAAAAGCACUGAUGGUGAGAAAUCUGCAGUUUGAAGAUGGAAAAAUGAUCCCCGCCUCUCAGUACUUCUCAGCGGGUGAGAAGUCAGUGGUGGAACUCACAGCUGAGGAAAUGAAGGUGGCGGAGACCAUCAAGGCCAUCUGGGCUGGAAUUUUAAGUAACAUCCCUACUAUUGAAGACUCAACAGACUUCUUCAAAUCUGGGGGAGGAUCAAUGGACGUUGCCAGGUUGGUUGAAGAGAUCAGACAGAAAUGUGGUGGGCUUCAGUUACAGAAUGAAGAUGUUUAUAUGGCCUCCAAGUUUGAAGACUUCAUCCAGAAGGUUGUGAGGAAACUGAGGGGAGAAGAUGAAGAAACAGAGCUGAUAGUGGAUUAUGUUUCAAAGGAAAUCAAUGAAAUGACAGUCAAUAUGCCAUAUCAGUGUUUCAUAAAUGGACAGUUCACAGAUGCUGAUGAUGGGAAGACAUAUGACACUAUCAACCCAACAGACGGAUCGACAAUAUGCAAAGUAUCUUAUGCUUCUUUGGCGGAUGUUGACAAAGCAGUAGCAGCAGCAAAAGAUGCUUUUGAAAAUGGUGAAUGGGGACGAAUGAAUGCAAGAGAAAGAGGAAGACUGAUGUACAGACUUGCAGACCUAUUGGAAGACAACCAAGAGGAACUGGCCACCAUUGAAGCCCUCGAUUCAGGCGCUGUCUAUACCUUGGCUCUGAAGACUCACAUUGGAAUGUCUGUGCAAACAUUCAGAUAUUUUGCUGGCUGGUGUGACAAAAUUCAAGGCUCUACAAUUCCAAUUAACCAAGCCCGUCCAAAUCGCAAUCUGACCUUCACCAAGAAGGAACCACUCGGUGUCUGUGCCAUUAUCAUCCCCUGGAAUUACCCGCUGAUGAUGCUGGCGUGGAAAAGUGCAGCGUGUUUGGCAGCAGGCAAUACCUUAGUGCUCAAACCAGCACAGGUUACGCCCCUGACGGCUCUGAAGUUUGCAGAGCUCUCUGUGAAAGCUGGCUUCCCAAAAGGGGUCAUCAACAUAAUUCCAGGCUCAGGUGGUAUAGCAGGACAGCGCCUUUCUGAACAUCCAGAUGUCCGCAAACUGGGCUUUACGGGCUCCACUCCCAUUGGCAAACAGAUCAUGAAGAGCUGUGCUGCCAGCAAUUUGAAGAAAGUUUCCCUUGAACUUGGUGGUAAAUCACCACUUAUAAUUUUCAAUGACUGUGAACUUGACAAGGCAGUGCGAAUGGGCAUGGGAGCAGUAUUUUUCAAUAAAGGAGAGAACUGUAUUGCAGCUGGGCGAUUGUUUGUGGAAGAAUCAAUCCAUGAUGAAUUUGUGACAAGAGUGGUAGAAGAAAUUAAAAAGAUGAAAAUUGGUGAUCCACUUGACAGAUCUACUGAUCAUGGACCCCAAAAUCAUAAGGCCCAUCUGGAAAAGCUUCUGCAAUACUGUGAAACUGGAGUGAAAGAGGGCGCCACCUUGGUGUAUGGGGGAAGGCAAGUCCAAAGACCAGGCUUCUUCAUGGAACCCACCGUAUUCACAAACGUGGAAGACCACAUGUACCUUGCCAAAGAGGAAUCCUUUGGGCCUGUUAUGGUCAUUUCUAAAUUCCAGAAUGGGGACAUUGAUGGCGUGCUGCGGCGAGCAAAUGACACGGAGUAUGGCUUGGCCUCGGGGGUUUUGACAAGAGACAUAAAUAAAGCUAUGUAUGUGAGCGAAAAGCUGGAAGCGGGAACGGUUUUCAUUAACACGUACAACAAGACGGAUGUAGCAGCCCCGUUCGGUGGAGUCAAACAGUCUGGUUUUGGAAAAGACUUAGGUGAGGAAGCUCUAAACGAAUACCUCAAAACCAAGACAGUGACACUGGAGUAUUAG